UGGACAUACUCGAAGUAGAAAAAGGAAAAAGAAAACUCAUGGAAGCUUUGUGGGAUUUGGAAGACAAAUUGAAGAUUUCUACACUAGGUGCUGUUCUUCUUCUUGCAUGUGCAAGCCUUGCUCUUGUGUGCCUUUGCAUUGUUGUUACACUUAGAAGGAAGGCCAUUAACAAUAAGAUUGUACACCAAGAGGGUGCUUUAGAUGAAGAGAAUGAAAAGAAUACCACAAUUACAAACACUAAUACUAAUUUUGAUGCUACUGUUACUACUACUACUACUACUACUACUCCUCCUACAGAAUGGUCAAAGGCAAGUUGUGUAGGAUGGAUUUCAGUGAAGAGGGUUCUGAUGGGGUCAAUGCUGUGGAGCAAGGCAAGGAAAUUGGAGGAGAACAUUGCAUGGCAGAGAGAGAGGGGAUCCCCACUACUUGGCUUACAAAGGCAGCAGGGUCUUCAAAGUGGGUGGCAAAGCCAUAACUCAGAAUCUCCAGUGUGGCAAAGACCAAUACUAAGAGGGGAGAAGUGUGAGUUGCCAAGUUUUAGUGGCCUCAUUCUCUAUGAUGAAAGAGGAAGACUUCUUCGUGAUUCUCAGAAUCAAAUUCACCACUUCAUGGAAACAUCACAACAGGUAAUUCUUAUCAUCAUAUAGGAUACUAAGGUUCUUAACUGUACAUAGGAUGAUUCUUUGCAAACACAUUAGUUUUAAGACCAACAUGAUGAUGAAUGGGGGACAGGCAGCUUCUUCGUGCUCCUCCAUAGUUCUUCCAGCACCUCCAUUUACUUAAAAAUUUCAAUUUUACACCCUUUUGAGUACCAGAAUUCGUAUUCCGAACAAAAGUGUAUUUUAACAUGGCAUAUGGAGUUGCAGGAAGAAGUUGCAAUGGGAACAAUGAUGAUACUAGACCUAUUUGGUAUCUAUAAAGUAAAAUGAGUGCAUGCAUGAUAUUUAUGUCCAUUUCUUUUUAAGCACAAUUAGGAUCUUUGAAUAUAUCCUUACAAGUUUUGGUCUUGUGGGAGUGAUCUUCGUUCUGGAGCUUAAUCACAUCUAAAACUCUUAGUCCCUCAUGGAUAUGUUCAAUGAGAAUCAAAAUAAAAUCCUCUUCUACACCCCCAACAUUUGUUGCCAAAAUUGAGUUGUUUGUGUUCAUUUUAAAUGAAUGCAUAGAUGCACACACAAAAAAGUUUGAAUUUUC